AUGGAACACGGUUGGUGAACAGUUUCCUUGCUAACUUCGUUCAAUUUAAUUUCAGCGUAUCCUUCUCGCUUCCGCUUCUCACUGUUCUAUGUGAGCUCUUUGUUUGUGCUCACUUUCUUGAUCAUUCAUUUCAUUCGAUAUACGGAUGAUAAACUUCCGUCGAAAGAACUGUUCAGAGAAGUUAUCACUGAUUCAGAACCAGUCAAAGUAUGUACUUUCAAGUUUCAUUUGACUAAAAAGAACAUCCUAGAAAACAUUGCCUGUUUACAACUACAAUAGUCUGUCGGCCUGCAACUUGGACCGAGAAGUGCGCAAUCCAAGAGUGAAUCUGACGGACGUGGGCGUCAAAUUGAAACAGUGCGCAUUUCCGCUGUUCCCCCGUUUCUUUUCGAAUCCAGAAGGACUCAUGUUCAAUUGGCAGACUGUCAUGUCCAUUUGUGACCACGAGAACUCGGUGGAAGACAUUGAGCUGAGAAAGAUCGGAGCAGACAAAUGGGCGGUCUUUCCGUCUUGUGUAAGUCUGUAAUUGUUUGGUUUUAUGCAGUUUCUGUUUACAGCAAGAAGAUAGCGUACUCGUAGUGCUUGGAGCAUCGAGACAGACGAGGGCGGAAGAGCAGUUGAGCAGGAAGAUUGGGAAUCUGAUGAGUCACGGAACUGAUCCGUUCGAGGAAAAGAGCACGGCCUUCAAGCACUUUUACCGUUUUGCAUUGAGUGAAGGACAAAAGGAGAUUGAAAUGGAGGUAGAGAGAGUGAACAGAACAGUUGUGAGCAAAGGAAUUCGUGAGUUCCUUCUGGAAGAUGUUAAAUCGAAGGUGAAUCCCAGCUGCUCCUCUGCUCUGUACUGUUUGAUUUCAGAAAAUAGACAUGUUAUGGAUCAACCGGAACUACGGAAACUUCCCAUUUUGGAACUAUUUGAGAGCCGAUGGAGAGCUCAGAAAGAUGGGAAUCGUCGUUUGUCAGAUGAUGAUUGAAGUGCCGAACGAGAUGGGCGAACAAUGGGUUCAAAUGAUAUCGCCACUCGAGAGGAACUCCAAUUUCAUUUUCAUGAGACCCAAAACGACCAAGGACGGUGGAGCAACCGCAUUUUUCGUUAAUUAUGUCGACCCGGAGUGCACGAGGAAGUAUUUGGAAUAA